CUGGCAAGCCGACGACAUACAUCCAUCUACCAGGGAACAGCAAAGAGCCCUGACCGGAGGUGCGCGCGCGCGUUAUCCGCGCAGAUCGUAAAUGAGCUCGUUUGUUCCUGCUUGUCUUGGCUCGGCGCCACUCUCGACGAGCCUUCGUUCUGAGCAGCAUCAUCUGCUUUCAGCGUCACAACAUGUGCUAACGAACGCACACGCCAGGGCCCCAUCAGCAAGUCGGAGCCGGCGCUCUACGAGGGGUCCCUAUCUUUUGGCUCUCCAUCAACUGCGUCCCAGGUCGCCGACCUCAUGUUUCCGGAUUCGCCAGCCAACUAACGGCCAUCAGCAUGACGCCUCGCCCUGCCCAUCAUGCACUCCUCGGAAGGCCAGGCUCGUCGCUCGGGUAUUGUUUAGAUGAACACCUCCCAUCUCUCCCCUCCGUUCCAUCUCCUAGUCUGACAAGGGAACAUGUCAACACCGAUCGGCAUACUAGCUAGCAGCAUACGCAGUCUUUCCGACGCCAGGGCAACAC